UGGGCCCGCAACCAUGCUGCCCAUCCCAGCGUGUCCCAGCGCCACCACCGCGAAGCCCUCUCGGUAUUGCCCUGAACCCAGGAUCUCGCCCAGGAGAUUCGCGCCGUGGCCAGCCGUAUUGCAUCUAGAUUGCCUGUAAACUGCCGCCUCCCAACGUCGCUUAGGGGCCGCUGCCCUGAGAGCCACGGCCACAUGUCCCGCCUUGGCUAGAUCCCCAACGCUCCAUGUCUGAAGUGCGCCUUGGCACCACCCGAGAGGCCAUGUUGCAAUGAAGCCCAUGACCCUUGGCUGCGGAACUUGCGGAUCAUCCUUGUUGGGGAUUCUUUUGUUCCAUUGGAACCGAGAUGGGCGGCGGCGAGCUGUGGCCAACCCGGCGGAGUGACGCCUUGGCCAGGAGGUUGAACUCGAUAUAUAAGUCGAAGCUGGUGUUCCCUCAACCAUCUUCUUCCUCGCUCUCUACACUCGUCCUUGCAUAUCAGUCCUUGUUGCUUGUUCUCUCUUUCAUCUUCACUUUCUUUCUAUUGGCUGUGCCAACCAUUCAUUCACUCAACCCACUUGAAGUCGAAUAUCCCAGCGAGCUUCGCUUCAUCCAGUCAUUUACAAAACACCACCAAAAACCCAACAAGCAUAACCCAUCUAUCAUCAUGCGUUACUCCGCUGUUUCCGCUCUGGCUAUGGCCAGCACCGUUGCCGCCCACGCCCAAGUCUACGGCGUCUGGGUCAACGACGUCGACCAGGGCGACGGCCGAUCGGCUUACAUCCGAAGCCCUCCCAACAACAGCCCCGUCAAGGACUUGACCAGCGCUGACCUUGCCUGCAACGUCAACGGCGGCACUGCCGUCAGCGACUUCGUCACUGCCGCUGCCGGUGACAAGCUCACCGUCGAGUGGUACCACGACAACCGCGCCGACGACAUCAUCGCCUCUUCCCACAAGGGCCCCGUCAUCACCUACAUUGCUCCCUACACUGCGGGCGAUGGCACCGGUGCCAUCUGGACCAAGAUCGCCGAGGAUGGCUACGAUGGCUCCGAGUGGGCUGUUGACAAGCUCAUCGCUGCCAAGGGCAAGGCCGACUUCACUCUGCCUUCCAGCCUGGCCGCUGGCCAGUACCUGAUCCGCCAGGAGAUCAUUGCCCACCACGAGAGUGACACCGCCUACAGCCAGAACUCUGCCCGUGGCGCUCAGUUCUACCCCUCUUGCAUCCAGUUCGAGAUCACUGGCUCUGGCAGCGAUGUUCCUGACCAGAACUUCGACUUCAACACCGGCUACACCGACGCCGACCCCGGCAUCGUCUUCAACCUCUACGGCUCGUACACCAGCUACGACAUCCCCGGCCCUGAGGUCUGGACCGGCUCUGGCUCCAGCGGCGGUAGCAACACCGCCGUUGCCUCCACCACCAAGGCCGCCGUCGCUACCUCUUCCGCUGCCGCUGCCACCUCUGCCGCCGCUGUUACCACUUCUGCUGCUGAGGCCGCCGUCACCACCGCCCCCGCCGCCGUUGAGACCACUCCCGCUCCCUCUUUCUCUACCAUCGUCACCUCUGCCGCCGCUACCGAGGUCGCCUCUGAGGCGCCCGUUGCCACCGCUGCUCCCAGCACCGGCUCCGGCUCCGGCUGCUCCAGCCGUCGCCGUCGCCGCCGCAACGCUCGCCGCAACAUCAAGAAGCUCAGCGGCAACCAGUAAGCUUGCAAAAGCCUGCUCGGCCGACAUUGUUGCUCAGCGUCUGUGACGUGGAGACUUGGUUGACCCUUCCACCCCUUGCUGCCUGCCUUGGCCUGCAUGGAUACCGCAUCUACUUAGAUGGCGUUUUGUUUGUGUACAUAGAUUUAGCUCUGAC